AUGCCUUUAGAAGAAAUUCCAAUGGAGGAGUCUGUCAGAAAUAUUUUAACUGAGGAACAAAUAUAUGAUGAUGAAUGGUCAAUUAGUAGAAAUAAAUUAUACUUUAUUGUCCAAUUUUCUGUAUCUGAUUCGAAUAAGAUGGAACGUAUCCUUGACAGACUAGCGUAUUUCAAUAUUGGAAAAACACUUGACUCGUCAAUUAUGGUUACAGAGCCCACGAUAAAUGUUCAAAAACGUAAUAAAGGAGAAAAAUCCGGUGUUAUAUCAUAUUCGGCAAUUCAAAACUUUAUUGGAACUCUGAAAUCACGAUUGUGUGUUGCUCAGAAUCUUAAAACAAAUGAUGUCCACUUUUCACCAUUAAUUGAAAAUGGCAAAUAUCGGAAAUGUCCAAUGAUACAUGAGAUUACAGAAUCGAAAAUGAGAACUUCUAGUUCUACAGGAAGAUUUGAAGUGGUGUCUGUAGAAUGUCAGUCAGAAUCUACAUAUGAUCCAGAACAGGAUGAUAAGGGAGAAAACAACAUUAUGUUGAGAAGAAACGUUUGA